GUAGAAGGGAAUAUUGAAAAGAUCAUCUAUUUCAGGAAAAGCAUACCUGAUUAUUUACAAAUCUUGAUUCUGAGGAAGAUAAAUGGAUAUUCCUUUAAAUGACAGCCUUCCUUUUGCAUGUGAACAUGGGCUAUGUACAAUAGCAGAACCCAGUUAACCCAUAUUAUUGCUAAUGGUACAGUUAGUUAUUAUUCCUAACUCUGCUUUAAACACGUCUCUUCAGCAGUGUUCAGUGCUGGGUGUCUCAUUUGUUCACAGAGCCUGCUUGUUGUACAACAUGAUGGUUGCUUUCUCCACAGGAGCACAUCACACUGUCUCAGAGAAUGGUGUUGCUUCAGCAGAUGGAGAGUCAUCUAGGAGACAAAGAAGCUGAGAAGACAUGGCAAAUACAAGAAGCUGAUGCAGCUCGUAAAAGAAAUGUAGCACUUUUAAAUGAUAUAAAAACAGCAGGGAAAAAGCUACAGUCGAGAGACCACUUACUUCUGCACCCUGACAUUGUUAAUCUUGAGACUCUUUACUGGGCAAAAGUAGAAGAAUCCAUCCCUAAGUGGGAGCCAUUUUUUUUAGGAAGAACGCAAGCCCCUAUCGGGGUUAGAAAAAUCAAGCCAACAAAGCAAAACACAAGUCCCCCCAAGAGAUAAACGAAAAUCAGGUCUGUGGGAAGGAUUUGCUCAUUCUUCCAAAUGGUGGGUUAUUAAAUGGUUCUUUAAAUUUUUGUUGGAUAAGCUACAUGAAUUCUGAAUCGACAAUGAAGAGUUCUCCCUCAUCAGCCUGUUUAUCUACAGGAGAGUGGCCUUUGUAUCAAACAUGGAAGACAUCAGAC